GAUUUUAGUUUGUUGUUUAUUUUAAAAGUAAUAAUGUCUGCCCACCAUAGUAAAGCUACAGCAACAUGUGGCAAAAGCGACACCAGUCGUCGCAAGCAAAAGCCCAUUUCUCUGAGCGCCUUUCAUGCGCAGCUUGAAAAGGCAAAAAUCAGAGCGCUUAAAAUCAAAGCCAGCUCUAGUCCAGCAACAGCGCCACCACCAGCUCCAAUAUCAGUACUUACUGCUCCUCCCGCGCAGGCUGCUGUUCCAUCUCCAAAUGCAACCGUGAAGUCAAAUAAGGAAUCGAAACAGUGCUCAACGCAAGUGAAGAGCCUCCCUAAUGGAUACACUAAGAUAGAUAAGAUGCCAAUCGGCAAUGGCACAACUAAGUCCAAGGCUGUAACUACUGAUAGCCUUCGCGGCGCUCGUCGUGGUCAAGUCUAUUGUUCCCAACGCGUCCGCUCCUGUCCACGUCUGCCGACGCCCACACGCGACGUACCCCACGAACUGAAAACUGUGGAUCGCAUGACAUCCUCCGAUUUCCGUCACGAUUUCGCAGCGCAUUUGGAAAAUAUGCGCACGUGGCAGAAGGAUCAAGAUCACAUGCGUUUCUUCCAGCUGGCCAUGCAAGAGAAUCGUCAUCUGUUUGCCGGAAAGACCAUACUCAACCUCACGUGCGGCACAGGCACUUUGGCUUUGAUGGCCGCACGGGCGGGUGCGAAAACUGUCUUUGCUGUGGAUCAUUCCCAAGUGACGGACUAUGCGCGGCUCGUCGUACAAGCGAAUAAGAUGCAGCAUAUUGUGAAGGUUAUGCAUGGUAGAGUGGAAGAUGUGAAGUUGCCGCAGCGUGUGGACGGCAUUGUUUGCAACUGGAUGGGGCAGUGUCUGCUGUACGAAUCGGAGCUACUGCAGCUAAUCGUUGCACGCGAUCGUUGGCUUAAGCCUGAUGGUUUCAUCCUGCCCGAUCUGGGUGCACUGUAUCUGCUAGCUGGAGCAGAGCAGCUGCUGAAGAACGAGCGUUGCAACUGGUGGCUGGAUGUCUACGGCUUCAAUAUGAAUGCCAUGCGACGCUAUGCGUUGGCCGAACCCCGCUUUGUCCGGACGAAGGGCGAGCAUUUGCUCACGUUGGCUCACAAAGUUUUGAGCUUGGACUUGCGUACGGCUGCUCGAGAGGAUUUCCAGAUCGAUCGAGAGUUUCGGUUGAAAGUGCAAAAGGAGGGCUAUUGCGAAUGUUUUGUGCUCUACUUCGAUGUGUCCUUCAGUCGCGCCCAUUUGCCACUCAAGCUCAGCUGCAAUCCCUGCUUGAAGACGCCUCUCAAAUCGCUUUGGCAUCAGACUCUGCUCUUUGUGGAGCAGCCGUUCAUCAUGCGCACAAGCUCUAUAUAUACGGGCCAUCUGACCUUUCGACCCUGGCCCAACUUGCAGCGCAUGAAAAUUGACAUUGAGCUAGUUGGGAGCACGGCGGAUGGCAUGCAACGGAAGCCGCUGGUGCGCAAGAGUUGGCACCUGACGUCGCGCUUUCAGACUGUCGAGGAGGUGGCCCAGUGCCAGGACUUGCUCAACUAAAAUGCUGUCGGUACAGUCGGCCGGCUGCGCGGGAAUGGAACGGCUUGGCGUUCCGACCCGCACAUCAUUGAGCACACCACCCGAUGAUAG